UUCUUGGUCACAGCUCAGGAAGUUGUGGCGUGGGAUUCUGCUAGUUCCCUCAGAAAAUAUUUAAGGCAUUUACUGACUGUGUCAUUAAUAAGUAACCCAUGCGGAGGUCUGGGUGGGCACAGCAGAAGGGCCUCUUGCUUGCAGUUGGAAUAGAACUAGCUUGAAUAUAGAAUAAACCUUAAAUACCUCUAAGGUAUCAUAUUCAAUAGCAGCUAAACUUUAGUGUUAGAAAGAUAGUGUAACAGGAUUCUGGGAUCUGAGCCAACCUAACUCAUAUUUCUGAUUUCUUAUGCAAAUAUGCUCUGAAUGUGAAUAUGAAUACUGAGUUUAUGAACCUGUAUGGGGGAUUUAUCUGAGAGCUGCAGGAUCAGUCCUAAAUUCCAAUUACAGGUCAUCCAGUGAAGAUAUGGAGAAUGAGGAAAGCCAGAUUGUUAUAUGGGCUGGGCAAGAAGAAAAAGUAGUUUUGGGACUGACUAAGCACACAACCUGUGCUGAAGUCGUACAAGCUCUUCUUGAAGACCAUGAUAUGAAAGCUGGUAGCAACACUUUUCUUUUGGGUCAGCCCAGUGAAUACUUCAUUGUGGAGAAAUGGAGAGGUUUUGAACGUGUUUUGCCAACUCCAACAAAAAUCUUAAAACUGUGGAAAGCUUGGGGGAAAGAGCAGAGCAACUUAAAUUUUGUUCUUGUAAAAGCGGAUGCCUUCCUUCCUAUUCCAAUGUGGAAGAGUGCUGAAGCUAAAAUUUCCCAUAACGUAGAUAGAAAGCAUCACCAAUACAGUUCAGCAUAUCAUAUCAAAGCAUUACCACUAGACAAACGAAAAAGAAUUAUAAGAAAAGCAUUCCGAAAAUUGGCCAACCUUAAAAAAGACAUUGAUUUUCAAGACAGAAACAAUUUAGAGACACUUAUUCAUGUAAUAAUGUCUCAAGAGCAUACCAUCAAACAGCAAAUCCAAAGAACAGAAGAACUGAGUAAAGACAUUGAGUCAAAGGAAGCCAAAUUACAUUUGGCAAGAGUAGAGAACAUUGGGAAAGAUUAUGUCCAAAACCUGUAUUUGAAACCAGUCAGUGAAAGUACAGAAACCUGUAAAAAACAACCAAAAAAGUAUUUUGUGGAAGAGAAAAGAAGACAAGAAGAUUUGUUUCAUUUAGAGGAAAAGGUAAGUCAUCUACAAGCGCUUAUUGGCAACCUCUCCACUGAAAUUGAGGCAGAGAUAUCUUCUAUAUAUUUGAGGCAAAGCAAAGACCAGGAAUCUUUUGAUAACAGCGAAAAGGAGUUGGAAGAAUAUGACUUAAGUAAUGUUAAACAAGAACUUGAUGAAAGCUUGCAGCAUGGGUUACAGUUGCACAACCUUUUUGAUUGCAUUCAGGAGCAAAUCAGAUGUAAAGAUUCAAUACUUCUAAAGCAAGAACAAGAGUAUAAAAGACUGGAAGAAGAACUUCAAUCUUUAUGCAUUAGUAAUACAAAUAUUCCAUUAAAUUGUCAAACUCAGUUUCCAGCAAAUAACUGUGUAGUUAAUAAAACUGAUGCAACAGGGGAUUUAACCACCAUAUUGUGUAAUAUGGAUGUUCAUGAGACGGACUCAGACACAGGUAUAAGCUCUGGUAUUAGCCAAGAUUCUGAGCCUGCUGUAUGAAAUAUGAUGCAAAUUCAGCAAGGAUUUUUAUGUAUAUAAUGGAAUGAAUGCACAGCAUUUUCCCUAAAGGAGGAACUACAAUAAGUAUAAGUACUUUAUGCUUUACAUAUCCUUACUGUAAUAUUAGAACAAGUCUUUAAAGGUAUUGGUUUGUUUUCUUGUGUUAAAAUGUGGAUUUAGCACUGGAGACUUGUGUAUAUUUACUAGUAUAUAGACCUUUUUUAAAUAAGAAAUAACACAACAGACAAUGACAGUUUAUGUAAAAGAAUAUAUUUUAUUGGCAACCAAUCCCCUUGUCAAAAGGAACCUAAGGAUUGUUGCCAUGGCUGCAUCAUUUAUGUAAAACCAAAUUCUUGUUUUGCUCUUUUUUUCAAAAUCCACAAGUGUUUUUACUUUAAUAAAACCCUUAAUGGGUAUUAUUUGAAGUGCAACAAAGGGUAUAAAGUGCAAUAAUUGGCCAAAAUUUAAAACAUUGCAGUUUUGCACUUUGCACCUUGCCUCAAACUCCAGUUCAAUGGCAGGCAGGCAGUGAGGACAAGGCUAUCCUGCUCCUGCUGACACUGAACUCCGUGUACCAUGUACAAGAUUUUUAAUCAGGCAUGAGUAGCAGAACACAACCAGACCCAGACAGAAGUGCACUCUGCAACACUAAGAUGUGGUCUUGUGCUCCUUCGUGUUCCAGGAUCCUUGUAAAUUACCCUUUUGAAUUUAGAAAUAAAUAGAAAUAGUAAGCUCUAGCGAUGAGUAAAUUUUUUCAGCAGGCAUGGUUUCACUGAGAAAUUCAGCAUUUUGUUAAGUGAGAUAAAAAAGUUGCAGUCACAUCGAUAAAGUCAAGUGCUUCAAAAACGUUGUGUGGUAGCCACAUUUCGACGGUAGACACAGAUUCGCUCAUCACUAGUAAACUCCAUUUGCUUGACAAUGUUGCCCUGUACAUUUGAUAUCUCAUGUCACUUCCCUUGCUUCUUCUGGUUGCAUCGGGCACAUGCAAGGCCAUUUGAAGGCCUUGGUGGGCCCUGAACCAUGAUUUAACUGGUGGGCCCCCUCAUCCUGCAUAGACAACUCAUCCCCCAUGCGAUCUUCCCUAAAAUUGUAGUUGUAUAUACACACAUGCAUGGAUGAGAUGCUCGGUUUCUACCUUUGGGAAGCACGGACUGUGGCUUGACAGGCAUUUGAGAAGACAGGGCUGCAGGGCUCACUGCCACACAUUGGUGGAGGCUCAUUAUCCAUUUGCUGUAUUUUAGAAGGAACUGAGUAGAGCAGUGCAGCUGGGGCAGGUAAGGGCUGUGAGUUUAAGAAAGUGUUUCUGGGUGGAAACUAUAUCUAUACUAUAUAAUGCAGCAGCCUUUCUGAAACGGUGCAUGUGUGAGUAUUAAAUAUAUGCAGAGGACUGCCCAUUUCCCUUGCUCUCUUCUGCUCCCAGAUGCAGAAUCGUCAAUAAACCCAAUGUCAUGAGAGAGAUAAUGAUUCCCUUCAGGCCUUUUUGAGACCUUAUUUCAUGUUAUCAUUUAGUGUGAAGAGGAAUUCAGGCCUAACCAGGCCUGGGUCAUUAUCUCCCUCAGUUCUGGCCUUUUGCCCAUUUAUUAAUGCCACCCUGUGCACAUGUAAUCUCUUCCCAUACUACAACUGCACCUUUGCUGACUCAUCUAAUACAUCAGGAUGAGAGUUCUCAAGCAUUAGGACCACUGUACCUAAAUCCUACCUUGACCAGGGGUUAAAUACAAUGCUCCAGAUGCAGCUUGCAUUUGCAUGAGUUCCAAAGAAGCUCCUUCUGAAUAAUAUGUCCAAUGGGGUGCUCAUGUUGUGAGUUUUCAGAAUUACUCAGCAAGACUUAUUUGCCUAAUAUAGUAGUAGUAGGAGAGAGUUUUGACAAAGUCCAGGCAAACAACAAUAUGGCAUCAGACACAGCAUGGUCAAAAACUUAAAAAUGGAGGAACAACAAAUCUAUUCACACAUGUUUUUAUCCAGUUUGAUAUUUGCCAUAUUGAAAGAUGCCUGAUCAAUUAUAUUUUGCUGUUUAAUUCCCUCACACCCACAUAGCAAAACUAGAUAUCCACUGCCCAUGAAUGAGCACAUUUUUGCUGUGCAUCAAUAACUGUACUUAAUAUUUAGGGUUAAUUUUAUGCAAUUUUACAACACAUAUUUGUUUACAUUUUUUUUACCUGUAACAUAACUUGAAUGUCUACAUCUCCUGUGCCUCCAGGUUUUUGAAGGUAUGAAUAUCAUGUCAUAUGAUAGGAAAAGUUAAUAUUUUCUUUACAUUGCACAAAUUGAUACCCUUUUGUGACAAGAAAUAUAUAUAUGAAACCUGCAGAAAAAGCUUUUCCUGUAGAACUCUUGUUCAUUCUUGUAUUAUCUGAACAGGUCUCUGGGGAAAGUAAUCAGAUCAUUUUAGGAUGCAUAGUGUUCUGGUUCAUAUACAGUAUCUUGAGGGGUUUACUGAAAAAAAGUGAAAAGGAAGGUGUUCAUAGGACAGUAUUGGACAUAUGAUUUCAGUACCCCAAAUACUGUCCAUAAAUACUGUGCAAUUGGCGUCCUGUAAUUACACUGGGUUAUAUACAUUUUUAGUACAUAUUUUAAUACUCAAACAGAGUUCCAUUAUUCAAGUAGACUUGUGAUCAUUAGCAUUUGAUUAUUAGGGGAAACCUUAGAAGAAUAUAGCACAUUUUUGUGAUUCAUUGGUCACAAAACAGAAACUGAAAUCAAAUUUCAUACACAUUGAAAUGUAUGCAUGAAAUGCUAAAAUCUUUGUGCUGCAUUAUCAAAUGCUACAGAUUUCAAACACCCUAGAGACACAAAAGCUAAUAGAUUAUUUUUAUGUAUUUUUUUUAGCUGAAAAUAUAACAAGAGAGGCCAUUUUAUCAAGGUCUUUUGCAAGUGACUAUAUUUCAUUGCAUGUUAAUUAGUUACCAUUAUUUAAUACUGUUACAGAAGAAAAUCAGCAUUUACUCUUUAGCAAUUAUAACAAGUAGCUGCCCCCUACUACCAUCAGCUUGUUAUUUUGUGGGUAUAUAUGCAAUUCUACAGUUUGUUUUAUAUGUGCAUUGCUUGUAAAUGUUAAUGGGUAUUACAUGUUUUUUUAUUAAUAAAUAGUUAUUGUGGUACA